AUGUCGGAAGUGAAGCAAUUGCUAAAGGAGGCUAAAAUUGAACUCUCCAGGGCAGACUAUGAAGAGGCCGCUGCCAUCUCUGAACAGGUUUUAAAAUUAGAUCCAGAAAAUUAUUUUGCUCAGGUCUUCCUAGGCAAAUCAUAUUCAUGUAUUGAAAAUAAAAUGAAGGAUGCUGUUUCCCAUUAUGUGGCAGCUACAGACUUACUUCCUAAUAAUAUGCUUGCCUGGAAAGGUUUCUUUAUUUUACUGAAUUCUGAAGGUGUUGUUCCUUCCACUGUCUCAUUCGACGAUUAUUUCAACCUCUGUGGCAAGUAUGCAGAGACGCUAAUCCAAAAUGAAUUACCAUUGGUUGAAUUGAUACAUGAACUAAGAGUUAUGAAGAAAAAAUUUCCUCAAUCACAUGAGUCCUUUUAUAGGCAUAUGAGACCAGGUACGCCAAUGGCAGAAAGAUUAGGACGUCAUUUAAUAACCCCACAGGAUGCCUUAAAGGGGUUAAUAACUAUUAUCAAUGAUAGAGAAUUAGAAAGUAUUGCUAAGAUUGUUAGUCGUGAGAGAUUAAGAUUGAGUACAAAUGAUCCAGAUUAUCAAAUUAAAAUUAAUGCCUUAGCUUGGGAAGUUUUUAAUACGUCAGAAUUAGACGAUCUUUAUAAUCAAUUGAUUAACAUAUUGGACGAUGAUGAUACCAGAGCUAAAUACGAAUCUCUAUGGCUAGAAUAUAGAAUUAGGGUUUUAAAAUCCAUGCCCAUAGAUUUGAAGUUAAAUUUCUUUUUCAAAGUGAAGAAUAUGGUAGAAGAUAUGGUUUUAGUAGAUCAUGGAUCCUUACUUGUAUGGAGUUUAUACUUUGAAUGGCAUGAUUAUGAGGAUUUGGAUAAGAUGGAUAAAAAUUUGAUCCUAAAAUUUUUUAAGAAGUUCCCCACAGAACCAUUAGCAAUGAUUUUGUAUGCUUGGAUAUGUUCAAGUUUUUCCAAAUAUGAUAUUAGUGAGUUUGACAAUAAUGAUAAGAAGAAUGAAAAAACUGAAACUAUUCGGGAAUCUGAAACCGAAACUGAAGAUGACGAAUUAAACGAACUAGUGGAAAAUGAAGAAGAAGAUUCCCAGACUUUAAAGGAAGAUGAUAUCUUGAUUGCUUUAAAUGACAACAUUUCUAAGGCUCAAAAUAAUGCAUUGGCACAUCGUAUUAUUUCUCAGUAUUACAUAUUCUCUAAAGAAUAUGAAGCAGCACUACCGUACAUCAAAAAAGGAAUUUCUCUAGUCUCACACAAGAUCAGAGAUCUUGGAUGUCAACUAAUACAUACUAAACGAGAAUUUUCGUUGACCUUGGCGACAUGCUAUACUUACGUGGACGCUCCCCAAUUUCAUAAUGCAGCAAUGACACUAUUCGACAGAAUAUUACAAGAAUCGCCGGAUAACACGCGAGCCAAGAUGGGUAAAGGUAUCAUAUAUAUCGAAAGAGAAAACUGGCAGGAUGCCAACAAACUUUUAAAGGAGGUUAUUAACGAAUACCCAGAUAAUUUAGAUGUUCUCUCAGAGCUUGGAUGGACUAAAGCAAAUUUGGGUCAAUAUGAUGAGGCUAUUGAAAUGCUUUCUUCAGCCUUACGAAUGAUCACAGGUAAUGAUUUGAGGACCACGACCUUUAGAGCUUUGACGUUAUGGAGACAGGCAAAGUCAUAUAUCUUCAAAGAGGCAGCUAACGUCAGUCAAGGCUUAGAAAAUAUCAAACUGGCGUUCAAGAUCUUGGUUCAAUUAAUUAAAGUCUUAGACACAUAUGCACCUGCUUAUUCCACUUUGGGUGAUCUCUACACCACAUAUUAUAAGGAUAGUGGAAGAGCGUUCAAGUGCUACUAUAAGGCGUUUGAAUUAGAUGCUGGUGAUCAUAUUGCAGCUAAUUAUAUGACAGAGGUAUACGCAAAGUCAAAUAAUUGGUCAUCUGCUGUUCAAAUUGCUGAAAGGUUAGUGAAAGCAGAGAAAGCAAAAAGAGUUCUACAAACGAUGAAUUGGCCUUAUAGGGUUAUUGGAAUUGGUAAUUUAGAAAGACAACAAGAAAGUGACUCUAUUGAAUGGUUCCAAUCUGCCAUCCGUGUUGACCCCAACGAUGUUGAAUCAUGGAUUGGCCUUGGUCAGGCAUAUCUAGGCUGUGGACGUAUCGAAGCUUCCAUAAAAGUAUUUGAGAAAGCCAUUGAACUAGAUUCGUCACAUACAUAUGCCAAGUAUUUCAAAAGUAUUGCUCUCUCCGAAAUGGGUGAGUUCACUGAAAGUAUUCCUCUUUUGAAAGAGAUCACUGGAACACAUCCUGAAGAAGAGACAUUUCAAGUAUCAUUGGCUACCACACUUGUUAACUAUGCAUACGACCUUUACUACGAGGGGUUUUUAAUGAAAUCUAUAUCUAUUGUUUUAGACAGUAUUGAAGUAAUGAAGUUUAUUGUUUCUGAGUUAAGUUGUUCAGUUCAAAAUCUGUGGAUCUCUCUCUCUCGUGCUUUGAAAUUAUUUGUCUUUGUUGAAUCCAGGAUUGAUUGCUUACCAGUGGAAAGCCUGGUUGAAAUUUUCAGUUCGAAAGGGUUGAUAGGAACCAAGGACGUCGAUCAAAUUGAUGACGUCGAGCUAAAAACCAUUUUAGCAUCUUCAGAUGAGGAUAACAUUACCAUUGGAUGUCAAUUCUUAAUCUUGGCAGCUAAAUAUGCAAUUCCUUCGGAAAACUUGACUGAGUAUGCAGCAACUGUUAGGUCUGCUUUAUGGUGCAAUAUUGGUGUCACAGAACUGACUGCUUCCCUUGUUUUGAAAGAGGCAAAAUUUAGAGAUGCAGCUAUUUUCUCCUUCAAGAGAUCGAUAAAAUAUCAGUCAAAUACCACGGAAGCAUGGAUUGGUUUAGGUAUUGCUACAAUGGAUGUUAACUAUCGUGUCUCUCAGCAUUGUUUUAUUAAAGCCGUUGCAUUGGCACCAAAGGAUAUUGAAAUAUCAUUUAACCUCGCCAUGCUAGCCUUAAAGAAUAAUGAUCUGGAGUUUGCUGAACAGAUAUUGAUGAGGUCACAAAGUGUAGCUCCUCAAGAUUCGUCGCCAUGGCUGGGUCUUGCUUUAAUAUUGGAAAAGAAUGGUAAUACAGCAGAUAGCUGCAGUCUCUUCGCACAUUCCUUUAUUUUAUCUAAUGGAAGGUCCAAAAUGUCACAGUUAUUGUAUGCCAAAAGUACUUUACAAAAGUACAUUGGUAAUGAAAAUGAUGAAAGAAAUAUUCAGGUUGUUGAAGAGUUAACCACAGUAAUUAAUGCAUUGGACCAAUAUUUUAAAAAAGAACCAGAGAAUGCUUUUGCUCUAGAAUGCGCCUUACUAACAUUGGAGAGACUACAUAAUUUUAAAUUUGCUAAUAAUCUAUCAGAAAAAUUAACCGAGCUAUUGGAAAGUAGAUUUGAAAAAACUCAAAAUGAAAAUGAGUUGUUCAAUUUUGCUAUAAUUCGAGCCCAGUUCGCACGUAUCCAACUAGGGUUAAGAAAUUUCAAGUCAGCCAUUGAAAACUCUGAACUUUCUCAAGGUAUUCUAGCGGAUUUCAGUAACGAUAGGGUGAUUUCUGCACAAAUUUCCAAUCAUAUUUGCCUUGGAUUAAGUUAUUUUUUUUUAGAUGAUUUUGAUGAAACACUUGCUCACUUCCAAGAAUUAUUAAAUAUAUCAAAGGACUCCAAAAAUUUAGUCCUCUUGAUUGUGAAAGUUUUAUAUGAGGUUGGUACACCUGAUACUAAACUGAUUGCAAUGCAGGAAUUAACAGACUAUGUUAAAACACAAGGUGUUGAUCUACUCACUACAUUGACAAUUGCUGCAAUGACUAUCUUAGAUAAAAAGAAAGAAGAUUUUAGAACAAUUCUGAAAGAAUUGAACACUAUGAAUUUGUCGGACAUGAUCUUAGAUACAUACAAAGAGUCACCAUUAUUAAUUGAGCAAGUAGAAAGGAGCCUCUUUCAGGAUAAAGCAGUCGAUGCGGGCAAAAAUACCUGGCAGAGAACCGCAUUUUUAUUCCCCAACGAUUAUAAGUCAUGGAGUAAAUUAGACAAGAGAAUAGAGAGACGUGUAUCUAGCAAUUCAGCAUGUAAGAUAACUGCCCAAAAGAUGAGUGACAUUUAUUAUUCGUCAAAGAAUCAAAGAAAUAUCCAAAGGAGCCUGUUUUUGUGUCCUUGGAAUGAAAAGGCUGUUAUGGCUUUGAAGGAAUGCUUUUAA